UUUCCGCUCUGUUUGGAGUAACUCGUCUCACCACAACUGUAUGCCUGCUUAAAGGUGGUUUAAAAACAGGGGUUUAGCGGCACAAGGAGUCUGCAUGUCUGGUUAGACAUGCUCAGCUUUGUGGAUACUCGGAUUCUGUUGCUGCUUGCAGUAACUUCAUACCUAGGAUCAUGUCAAUGUAAUGAUUUUCUGCUGCAGGGUCCCCGAGGAGACAAAGGACCUCGAGGUGACAGGGGUCCCCAAGGCCCAAAUGGUAAAGAUGGCAAGCCCGGGCAUGAUGGCCCCACUGGACCCCCUGGCCCCCCUGGACUCGGAGGAAACUUUGCUGCUCAGUACGAUCAUGUAAAAGCUCCCGAUACUCCUGGACCCAUGGGUUUGUCUGGUGCUAGAGGCCCAUCCGGAUCUGCCGGUGCCCCUGGAGCUCAGGGACACACUGGACACCCCGGUGAGCCCGGAGAGCCCGGACAGACUGGCCAUGGUGGUCCCACUGGACCCUCUGGACCCCCUGGCAAAUCUGGAGAGGAUGCUAACAACGGCAGACCUGGCAAGCCCGGAGACAGAGGUACCGCCGGCCCUCAGGGCGCUCGUGGAUUCCCUGGAACCCCCGGCCUUCCAGGAAUGAAGGGCCACAGAGGUUACACUGGUCUGGAUGGACGCAAGGGAGAGAACGGUGGUGCCGGUGCCAAGGGAGAGUCUGGUACCCAGGGAACUAAUGGAAGUCCUGGACUGGCUGGAUCUCGUGGUAUGACCGGUGAGAGAGGCCGCCCCGGCUCUGCUGGACCUGCUGGUUCUCGUGGUGCUGAUGGCAACGUUGGACCCUCUGGCCCUUCUGGUCCUCUCGGAUCUGCUGGUCCCCCAGGUUUCCCCGGAGGCCCCGGACCCAAGGGAGAGAUUGGAGCUGCUGGAUCUAAUGGCCUAAGUGGAGGUCAGGGAGCUAGAGGAGAGCCCGGUACCAAUGGAGCUGUUGGCCCCGUUGGUCCCAUCGGAAACCCCGGUAACAAUGGCCUGAAUGGAGCCAAGGGACCUGCUGGCGCCUCUGGUGUUUCUGGAGCUCCUGGCUUCCCCGGACCAAGAGGAGGACUUGGACCCCAGGGCCCUCAGGGUGCAGCUGGACAGAGAGGCCUCUCUGGAGAUCCUGGUGCUUCCGGCAUCAAGGGAGAUGGUGGACCAAAAGGAGAGCCUGGUAACUCUGGACCUCAGGGAGGCCCCGGACCUCAGGGUGAGGAGGGCAAGAAAGGACCCAAUGGUGAGCUCGGUGCCAGUGGACCUGCUGGAAGCCGUGGAGCGAGAGGAAGCCCUGGCAGCCGUGGUAUGCCUGGUAGCGACGGAAGAACUGGCCCCAUUGGCAUGCCUGGUGCCCGUGGCUCCACUGGUAGUGGUGGACCUCGUGGACCCCCCGGAGAUGCUGGCCGCGCCGGUGAGUCUGGCCCAGCUGGUCUCAGGGGUAUGUCAGGAAGCCCUGGAAGCUCCGGACCCCCAGGCAAGGAGGGAAUUGCUGGCCCAGCUGGACAAGAUGGCCGCUCUGGACCUCCCGGCCCAUCUGGGUCUCGAGGCCAGCCCGGAAACAUUGGUUUCCCUGGACCCAAAGGACCUUCUGGUGCAGCUGGCAAGCCCGGCGAUAAGGGAUCCUCUGGCCCCACUGGACUGAGAGGAGCUGCUGGAGCUGAUGGCAACAAUGGAGCCUCUGGCGCCAUUGGACCUGCUGGUGGUCCUGGUGAUAAGGGAGAGCAGGGAUCUUCUGGAGCUCCUGGUUUCCAGGGUCUGCCCGGUCCCGCUGGAGGUGUUGGAGAGGCUGGCAAGGCCGGAGAAAGAGGAAUCCUAGGAGACCAUGGAGUCGCUGGACCUGGUGGUGCCAAGGGAGAGCGCGGUAACUCCGGUGCUGCCGGAUCUAACGGAGCUCAGGGACCCAUUGGACCCCGUGGACCCGCCGGAGCCCCUGGAACCGAUGGUGGCAAGGGAGAGCCCGGUGCCGUUGGAGCUGCAGGUGGACCUGGACACCAGGGACAAGGUGGCAUGCCUGGAGAGCGUGGAGGUGCUGGUGGCCCUGGAGUCAAGGGAGAGAAGGGAGAGGGUGGACACAGAGGACUUGACGGCAAUGGUGGUAGAGAUGGUAGCCGUGGUAUGGCUGGACCCGCUGGACCUCCUGGGCCCACUGGAGCCAAUGGUGAUAAGGGCGAGAGCGGUGGCUUCGGAUCUUCCGGUCCCGCUGGAAUUCGUGGCUCCUCUGGAGAGCGUGGAGAGGUUGGACCUGCUGGAUCUCCCGGAUUCGCUGGACCUCCUGGUUCUGAUGGUCAGACUGGCGCAGGAGGAGAGCGUGGACCUGGUGGAGUAAAGGGAGAAGGUGGCCCAUCUGGUCCCGCUGGACCCGCUGGACAGUCUGGACUUCCUGGCGCAUCUGGCCCUGCUGGACCUACUGGCGGUCGUGGAGCCAACGGAUCUCCUGGUAUGACUGGUUUCCCUGGUGCUGCUGGUAGAGUUGGUGGUUCUGGACCCGCUGGUAUUGUCGGACCCCUUGGCCUCCCUGGAUCCUCCGGAAAGGAUGGUCCUCGUGGUCUCCGUGGUGAUUCUGGUUCCAGUGGUCCAUCAGGAGAGCAGGGUAUGGUUGGCCCCGCUGGUCUCGCUGGAGAGAAAGGAGCCUCUGGAGAGUCUGGUCCCCCUGGUGCUCCUGGUACUUCUGGAACCGGUGGUUCUCUUGGAUUUCAUGGAUUCGUCGGUCUGGCUGGAGCUAGAGGAGAUCGUGGAACACCUGGCGGUGCUGGUGGAUUGGGAGAGUCCGGCAAAGUUGGACCUACUGGUUCCUCUGGAUCUCGUGGUCUCUCUGGCAACAUUGGUCUGCCUGGUAUGACCGGACCCCAGGGAGAGGCCGGACGUGAGGGUAACUCUGGUAACGAUGGACCCCCUGGCCGUCCUGGUACUGCUGGAUUCAAGGGAGACCGUGGUGAGCCCGGUCCUGCUGGUUCCAUGGGAGUUUCUGGUUCCCCUGGACCUAGUGGCCCCUCUGGAGCUUCUGGCAGAUCUGGAAACCGUGGAGAGUCUGGCCCAGGAGGUCCCUCUGGACCUGUUGGAGCAGCUGGAGCUAGAGGUGGCGCUGGAUCCGCUGGAAGCCGUGGUGAGAAGGGAGUUGGUGGAGACAAUGGAGAGAGAGGCAUGAAGGGUCUGCGUGGACAUGGUGGUCUCCAGGGAAUGCCUGGACCUUCAGGAUCCUCCGGUGACGCUGGAGCUGCUGGAUCCAAUGGACCUUCUGGACCCAGAGGACCCGGUGGACCCAGCGGACCCAUUGGUAAGGAUGGUAGAGCCGGCGGCCAUGGAUACAUUGGCUCUACUGGUGUUCGUGGACUCCCUGGAUACGUUGGACCUUCUGGUCCUGCUGGAUCUCCCGGUCUGAACGGACCUCCCGGCCCCUCUGGUGGUGGAUAUGAUGUCUCUGGAUACGAUGAGUACAGAGCUGAUCAGCCCUCUCUGAGAGCCAAGGACUACGAGGUCGAUGCCACCAUCAAGUCCCUCAACAGUCAGAUCGAGAACCUGCUCACCCCUGAGGGAUCCAGGAAGAACCCUGCCCGCACUUGCCGUGACAUCAAGCUCAGCCACCCCGAAUGGAGCAACGGAUUCUACUGGAUUGACCCCAACCAGGGAUGCAUCAAUGACGCCAUCAAGGUCUUCUGCGACUUCACCACCCGUGAGACCUGCAUCCACGCCCACCCCGAGAGCAUCGCCCGCAAGAACUGGUUCAGAAGCACCGAGGGCAAGAAGCACGUCUGGUUCGGAGAGACCAUCAACGGUGGUACUGAGUUUGCCUACAACGAUGAGACCCUCAGCCCCCAGAGCAUGGCCACCCAGCUUGCCUUCAUGCGCCUGCUGUCCAACCAGGCCAGCCAGAACAUCACCUACCACUGCAAGAACAGCAAUGCCUACAUGAGCGAGGAGACCGGUAACCUGAAGAAGGCUGUGGUGAUCCAGGGCUCCAACGAUGUUGAGCUGAGAGCCGAGGGCAACAGUCGCUUCACCUUCUCCGUGCUGGAGGAUGGCUGCACUAGACACACUGGUGAAUGGAGCAAGACAGUGAUUGAGUACAGAACAAAUAAACCAUCUCGCCUGCCCAUCCUCGACAUUGCACCUUUGGACAUUGGUGGAGCUGAUCAGGAGUUUGGUUUGGACAUUGGCCCAGUCUGUUUCAAAUAAAUAGACUCAUGAUAAAUUAAAAUCGAAAAAGAGAGAAAGAACGAAAAAAACAAAAUCUUUGCCCUUCUUUCUGUGUUGUUUUUUUUAUACUGAAUGCUGAUUUCUAUCUGCACAUCCACUUGCUUAAGAUGGGCAACUAUCUGAGAGGACUGAAUGGACUGAAUUUGCAUUUGUGCAAUGCAAAUUAAUACAGCAACCCAAAGGGACGUGGGAAAACAGCUUGUUGUGGAACAUCAUGUCAUCCUUUUGUAAAAAAUAAAAGAAGUGUAAUAAAAACGCUGAAAGUAUGCAUCACUUUGUGGUCUUUGUAUAUCUUCCAAAGAGGAGGUUUAAAACCACAAUUUCCAUGAAAAAAAGGUUUAAGCUACCUCAUGCCUGUACCUAAAGAAAAUACUUUUGACAAAACCUGGGUCCACAACCGAGAUGUUAAGACUUCUAAUGCUUCAAGCUGUAUCGGAAGGUGCUCAGUUACUUGAAGCAGAGAUCUAUGGUGCUAAUAUGCAGCUGUGGAGCUAACCACUUUUACUGUAUUACUUUGUAUUGACAUGUGAGGAGUCUUGCAUUCGUCCCGAUGCUCCCCCACUUUAAGCAGGUGGAAUGUUUCCAAUUCUGAUGUCUGGUUUUUGUUUUGUCUAGAAGUUUUUGUUUUGUUUUUUGUUCAGGCUUUUUAAAAUUCAAUAGCCCACAGUGUUCAUACUGACAGCACACAUUUCAUCCAAUUCUGAACGUUUUUUAGGCUCUCUCUCAAAAAAUGAAACCACAAAUUCUAUUGUACCUAUUUUGUAUAUGUGAGAUGUUUAAAUAAAUUGUGAAAAGUUCUGAAAUAAAGCAUGUCCAAUGUUCCAAAACACUUACAACUCAGUGACUUAAGUGCUUUCAUGUUUUAAUGACACCAAUGAAGGUUUGUCACUGUAUUUUGGUUCUAGUUUGACUGAUGGUAACAUCAUUAAUUUAAACAUCCUUCGACUGUGGAAGCACAGCCAUAUCAUAUUUACCUUCCCCCUCUUUCAUGCUUCUCAACGGUACAUCCGAUUUUAAUGUACAGUAAAUUUCUGUUGACACUGUCCAUGCCAAUGUAUGAUUACUAACGUGCAUUGUGUCUUGUAAAUAUUCAUCCUCUGAUGUUGCUUUUCCUUGCAUAAUACAGCUUUUGCAUCCAAAUAAAUUUCUGUGGUUUGGA